AUGCUUCAUAAGAACGCUUCGGCAGCAGUGACGCUCGAUGAAAAUGCUUCAAGCGCAACAGUGUAUAAUAUCAAGGCGGAGAACGAGGCUCCAGAAACUUUGACGUUGCAAGAAACCGAACAUCCGAUUUCAGGCACUCCACCCCUCAUCGUCAAGGGGGAAACAGCAGCAGCAGAAAACGUUGGCGAGGAGGAUGGCGAUAUCGAGUUAUUUUUCAAUAGAGGCACUGAAAGUCUGGCGAGGCAAAUCGAAGACAUUCCGCCGCUAGACAAUGAGGCGUCUUUUCUUGCUCUUGUCUCUCUCCUUGCUCAGAAGUUGCCGGAAGGCAAGCACGAAAGCUCAAUGACGUCCCAGAAGGAAAGGAGACUCGAUGCAUCAGUACCUGUAUGUACUUUCGUUCCCAGAAUCAAUUUAUACGGCGCUGCUGCGUGUCUCAGUUUUCUGGUCGAUCUGUGGAUUGUUCCAGUGUCAGAUAUCAGUGCGGAUAAUCUUGGUCAAUGGAAUACGAGAGAGGGACGUCGUAUGAGUGUCAAGAAGUUUUACCAGAGGGCGAAAGUUGGCGAAGGAAGCGACGAAAAGGAGCGCGAGUACUGUGUGGUGCGACGGCGUUAUCUUCAUCCGCAUUGCUUCCCGAAUAAUUCAAUACGGAAAGUUAUCUGGCUAGUCAAGAAAGACGAAGUUUAUUGCCGUUAUGCCGUGAUAUCGUAUUAUAUUGAAGCCGAUGCGCAUGUCAUAUCAUUAUUGCGUGGCAAUAUACAUGAUAAUCAGGACGGUAGAGCUUCUGAUGGUGCGAGGGAAAAGCAUGGAAUAGGUCUAAAGUCGACGUGUGGGGCGCAUAUCGAUGAUGGUUUGAGUACGUCGAGAAGUUGCGCUUUGUCGGAAGAGACAGUUCAUGAGCUUGACAAUGAGGAAGUUCUGGAGACUGUGGAUAGCACUGAUGAAAAUUCAUUGAUAGACGUGGAUGAUGUGGCGGAUUCACAAGCACUCAACCCCACUGUCCCGGAGUUUGAUGUCUCCGAUGGGUGCGCUUAA